CAGCAGCCAGGCCUGUGUGUGUAUGCGUGCAAACAGGUGCAAGUUGCGACCUGUCGUGGUCGAGGUCUGCUCUGCGCGCGAAGCGACACGCCGAUUGAUCGGGGGCCCAUCGUGGCACCGCAACUGCCGCACCGGGGGCACCCGGCCGCUCUUCUGGGCCUCUUCGAAGCAGAGACUCGCAAUUUAAUCGAGAGAGUCGCCUUGCCCGAGCCGACAACUCCCAGCUACAGGUGGUGCGACGACGAGAACGGGCUGAUCCGCCAGAUGAUACGGGGUUGAGAUGCGCCGACAAAAGCGGAGAAAAUGUCCGAUUCCGCGCUAGCAGGCCGCUAGCCUCUCUGCCCUUGAGCCAGCGAGAAAGAAGGAAGAAAGCGACCCAACAUGCUGCCCACAAACGUGAUGCACUUCAUGAAGAAGAUGGUGGCAACGACCGAGAGCGACUCGAGUGGCUCGGCCACCGGCGGAGGCGGCGGCGACACCACCGGCACCACGCUCAGCAAACUGCGGCAGACCUUAUCCUCUGGCCUCAUGUCGGCCCAGGAAACUGUGACCAAACUGUCACCAACUCGCCAACCAAUGGCACCUGACGCAGCAGCGGUGGCUGCCCUGGCGAUGGCGGCGCCCACCUUGAACUCCGCGACCGCUCUGCAGGAUCCAACAAAGACUGAAUCGACCAAAAAUCAACAGAAUAAAAUGGAGCAGCUGGGGCGACCACGUUCUGGGGCUUGUCGCGUGUGCCUGAAGAGUUUCAAAACUGAAGAUUUCUUUAUAAUUUGCUGUGAAUGCACGCAGAAAGUGUGUGAGGACUGUGCCUCGUAUUCUAAAAACGAAGAGGGCCUAGAGGAUAGCAAGUGGCGAUGCAGCAUCUGUCGACGGCGGAGCCAGAACCGUGGCCAAACGCAGAGGACAGCGUCAGCGAGCGGCGCUCUCGGAUUACGCAGCGACAACUCGGCCGGCGACCUGCUUGAGCUGCCGGGCGGCCUUCAGCGGCGCCACUCAGACGUCAAGCUCGGCGCCGGCGGCCAAAAUGCUGCCGUCACCGCUACCAAUAACGUCAAGGUGCUUGAACUGCCGAGGUCUCCUGAGCUGCGGCGACACUCUGACGUCUCGCCGGCGUCGCUGCGAGAGCUGGAGAAGGUGGCUGGCGAGCGCAGGGAGGAGUUGCGUUGGGAACGCGAGAUGGAGUGGCGUGCUGAGCAACAACAGGGCCGAUUGAAGCAGCGUCGUGGUGGGGCCGCCACCAAGUUCAUCGUCGGGGAUGACCAAAAGUCGUCCGAGAGUUCCAUCGAGGAUGACACCAUGACUGAGGUUGGAAAUUCAGAGGAGGCCGAGUGGCGCCAACAGCAGGCUCAGCGGGGUCGCGGCGACGGCGGCGCCGGCAAGGGUGGCGGGUUUGGAGGGCAGUCGCCGCGACGCCGCUCGCGGGUGAUGCAGCGCCAGCACAGCUACGACGACGAGGACCAAACGCUAAGUGCGCAGCCGCAGUUCGAGCUGUCGCGCAGGGCGUCUGCGUACGACGUUUACCAGACGGCGGGAAUGGCUAAGAUGGUUGAUUCCAACGACACUGGGAGACGGCAAUCAUUCCGAGUUCCUACGAAUGGAACCGCGGACGCUGGUAGAGGUGGAUAUGAUGGCUCAGCUUCAGACAGCCGCCGCUUUCAGCAGGAAGAGCUGCCCGGCGGUUUGAUGGCCGUGGAUGAUGAUGCGAGGAGGGGUCGACGUCGCAGUUCUGCUAUCGAGGGCAUGCGGGCCCUUCCAGCGACGCCGGCCAGUGGCGAGAGGCGCGUCAGUGCAGUUCCGUCCCGCAUCAUGAUCGUCGGCGGUGGAGGCGGCGGGGGUGGCGGCCAGGAGGUGGACUCGGGGGAGCCGGUGCGGCGACAGGCGUCCGUCACCGCAGGAGAGGACAUCAAAAUCGUUAUCCACGACGUCGACUCGGAAGCAGCGGCCAUGUCGCGACCAGGGACCAAAAGAAGGGUGGUGCUCCGGCGAGAUCCUUCUGAUAAGGCGCACCGAACCCGUGGGUUUGGAUUUAGGGUGGUCGGCGGUAAAACCGGCCCUGACGGCCGUCUUUUCGCUUACAUCGUGUGGACAGUGCCUCAGGGCCCCGCAGACCAGGCUGGCCUGGUGCAAGGUGACAGGGUGCUCGAGUGGAACGGCGUCUCGCUCAUCGACAAAAGCUUUGAGGAGGUUUGCGCCGUAAUGGACCGCGCUGGAGACGCCGCUGAACUCGUCAUCGAGCACUUCCCUGACAUGCGGAUGACGGAUCUGCUGGACGACAUCAGUAUGGCAGCAGCUGCCGCGGCUGGUCCCCGGAAAAGCGCCUCUGACGUCAUGGGGCUGCAAUUAGAUAACGAUCAGGAUAAAGGACCAGCGUCGCCCACCAGGAGGAAGCUGCCAAAAACACCGGAGCAGCUGGCGCGAGAGAAAACGGUCAGCGGCCGCAUUCAGAUACACGUCUGGUACGUGGAGGAGAAGAAGGAGCUGGUCGUGUCCGUGCUGGCUGCGGAUGACCUCGCGCCCAGGGAUGACACCGGCUACGGCAGCCAGCCCGAGGCCUACGUCAAACUUCAAGUCACAAAUCUCAGGAGCGAACCCAAGACUUUCAAGACUGAUGUGGCAGAGCCAACUCAUAACCCCAUCUGGAACGCGACGUUUGAUGUCCCAAAUGUGCCAGCCGAGAGCCUCAUGAAGAUGAACAUUGACUUCUCCUUGUGGGACUAUUGCCCCGACAGAGACAGCCAAUUUCUAGGCGAGUGCACGGUGGAGCUGCAGAAGGCGUUCCUUGAGGACCGGCCCAACUGGUACCGACUCGAGGACCCGCGUCAGAUGCGCUUCAAGUCGCCGCACGUGUCGCCGAGAGGCUCGCUUGCCAACCCUGGCACCGCCGCCAGAGAAAUUGCUCAAAGGCUGCUGAGAAGGGGCGACUUCGCACAACAACGCUCCUACUCAGAUGACAAAGAUGAUGAGACUGGUGGGAACGUUUCGCACUCUUCAAGCGUGGAGUCAGGCCUGCUGCACCCUGAUCACGCAUACGUUGGCGGCUCCAGGCGUGGCUCGUCGCAGUCGGAAACCCUGGAGGUGGACACCUAUCAGCUGGGCAGGGACUUCUCCAGGUCGCUUCCUGGCUCGAGAAGGAGCUCCUUCCAAAAUGCCGCUGCGAGCGAAAAAGAGGAACUGGGCGUAGGGUACAGCAGGGAGCGGCGGCGCAGUUCAAGUUCGCGGGGCGGUGCGGCCAUGGGACACUACGAACAGAGGGAGGAACUGAUGAUUGGUGGCGUGCCCGCGAAACCGGGUGCCGAGUCAUCAAGUGCAGGUUUAUCCAGAACACUGAGCUUAAGCCAAGACAAAAAGCCGGCGCGAAGACCAUCUCGCUACGCCCACGACAUUCUCACUGGGGCAGCUGCAGUUUUGAGUCGACUUGACCAACCGGAGAGGCGCAAAAGCUACCGCAGGAAAUCUUCUGUUGGACCUAGAGAUUUCGAAGGAAACAUUGAAGGUGACACAAUCAUUCUCGGACCGGGACAAAUCAGGCCACGAGGCUUUAGACUCGCCCAAGUGGCUGGUGGUUACGGGGAGAUUAAAAUUGAGUUGCUCAUGACUAAAGGGCAGCUAGAGCUGGAUAUCGUUUGCGGCAAAGGUCUCAACUCUAUCAGCAGGGGAGACAGUCCACCAGACACGUACGUCAAAAGCUACUUGAAAGACGGCGACAGGUGGUUGCAGAAGAGGAAGACGCGCGUUUGCCGCGCCAGCUACGACCCGGUGUACAACCAGAAGCUACGUUACAACGCGUGCGAUGUCCUGGGUCGCAUGCUGAUCAUCAUGCUGUGGGAGCGGCUCAAGGGCUUCGAGAGCAACCAGGGUCUCGGCGGCGCCGAAAUCGCGCUCGACAAACUGCAGCUGACGCAAGCGACCAACGCGUGGUAUCCAAUUUUCCCGAUGAACGCAUUCAAUGGACUCGACGAGCCGCUCGACUCGCCGUGAGGAAAUCGACCCAAAACUCUUGAGCAGCAAAAUAAUCAAACACGUGUUUUCAUUGUUGAGAGUAUAACUGGGUAGUUGUUAGCUCAUUUUCUUGCAUGGCAAAAUCCGAAAAUCGUUAAUCAUCGUUGUAGUAGCGAGAUGAAAUGUCAGAGGCAUAGUUUUGGUUCAGCGUUGGAAGACCUGAAUGUCAGUUUAGGAGGUGAAUUGUCUGUCCUUUGAAUCAAUAUUUUAAACCCUGAGGUCAACGAGAACAAGUUUUGACUUGGGUUGAAAGCCAUAGAGCUUGUCCGCGGGAAAUUAUUUGGUACAAAAUUGAAAAUUUAAUUUAGGAUGAGAUCAAGAGUUGAAAUAUUCGCGUUAUUUUAUGAAAUCCCUAAUUUUGGUGGCCAUAAGUAGAUUCAGCACUUGAAUGAUAGUUUUGAGACCCAAAUAAUGAUUGAAGGGACACUUAAGUUACAAGUCGUGGAUCUCUAGAUUGUUGAGUACAUCUGAGUUUCUCUUUUGAAUAAACUCGUGAAAAUUGGUGAAAAUUCACCUGCAGGCAGGUUAGGACUUAUGUCGUAGUUAUUUAUUUUUCAGCAGGGAAUUUUGGAAAAGUAUAUUACUAUCUGGAACCCAUUCGACUGAUUUUAUUUUAAAGAAAGUUGCAUGUCAGAAUACGAGCCCAGGAGGAGGACAUUUAAAGAGGGGCACCGGUAUAUCAAGGCUAAUGUUCCACUCAAACUUGAUUUUUCAACACACUAACUGAUAUAUUUCUGAGGAACUUUGGCGAUUCCUGCAAGUAGAAACAAAAUGGUAUUGUGAUAGAAUUUUGAAAGUUUUGCAGUACGUGAAUAUCCUCGAUCUUUCCAGCCUGAUUAUUGCUGUCUUUUUCUAAAAAUCUGUGUUUCAAAUUUUUGGGCGUAUUUUAAGAUUUCAUCUAGCUGUCGUUGUUGAAAAGAGUGCAAAAGCAGAGAGUUGUUAGGCCAGACGUGGAAAGCAUAAUUAUCAUACCAACGGCGUUGUGAAAUUAGCAGUAGUGCUGGGUGUCUAUGUGGCGUAGCGAAGAUUUUUCGGUGUUAUAUUCCUCUCCCUUAAUCGACCCCUAUUCCAAUAUCUGUAAAAAUAUAGGGGUGAACUAACGGUUGAUGCUCAGGGAGUUAUAACAAAAGUUGAAAUCAAGGGUCUAAAAUCUAAUUUGCUAGACCUGAUGUCUACAUGUCUUUUGGUUUAUGAGUUCUCUUUUCAACUUUAUUGCAAGGUUAUUUGUUUGAUCAACAAAUUUCCGCUGGAAAUUUCUUGAUCUGCUUACGUUCGAAUGUUUUCUCAGUUUUUCUAAGGACUUAAAAAAUUGUGUAAAUCCAUGUAAAUUGGCCAAAAAAUUGGCUCUAUUUCGGCCUACGUGUAAUUAUAACUGUCUAACAAUUUAUGUCAUGUAAAAUUAGUUCAGAAAAGACAAUCUUUCCAAUUUCCUCAAAACCUCUAACAGAACAAUAAAUUGUUACGAACCGCAAUUGCUCACUCUUCUAAACGUCUCGCAUAUCUUCUUUAAUAACAGGCCAAAAAUAUUUUUUCAAACUUAAAACAAAAAUUAAAUACUAAUUGCCAUUUAUUUAAAAUUAAAUCUCUGCCUAUCUUAUUCAUAAAUACAAGCUUUUGCAAUUAACUGUUCUCUAAAUGACAAAUCACAACUCUUAAAUGAAACGACUAAAAAGGCCGUCAUCAAUCAUCCAACUAUGUAUUCAACAAACCACUGAGUGUAUUUAAAUUAUUGUUUUUUUAAAUUGAUUAUUUUUAAAAACUGCAUAAUAAUUAUAAAUGAGAGGUGCAGUAAAAAACGAGCAAAAAUAUCCUUGAUAGAAAUAAUAAUAAAAAGAUAUAAAUUGGUUAAGUCUUUUGAACAUAUCUGUAGACCGUUUAAAACUACAUAAAUGCAUGCACGUAUAUUUUCCUCUGAACAUCUUAAAUCAUGCUAAACAUAAAUGUGUAUAAUUUUCUAUCGCUAAAGAAAAUAAAAAAGUGUUGCUGCCGGCUGCCAAAUAUUGAAUUUCUGCAAUGUCUCGUUUGCGUUGAUUACGCAACUUUCGCCAAAGAUUUUGUGCUUCUCGUGAUGUGUGCGAUUAUCUGUCGAUAUGUGAUAUAUUCAUCCGCUGAAAAGCCGCGUAUUUGGAGUUUUCUGACACAGAACGCACGACUUUCUUACUGUAUACGCGCGUGCCACUCUCAUCUUCCAUUCCAUAUCAUUUGCCGCUCCCUCUCAUUGAAAAAUCGCGCAGAUAAGAAUCUAAUCACACACGCACUGUUGUAUUCUCACAUGUGAUGACAAAAGCAUACAAAUCUUUACAUCUUGUAAAUAUUCGCUCUCCUUAGCGAUGUUGUGAAAUUUUUUGUCUAUAAACUGAGAUAAACGUUUUUCCUGGAGACUUACAUAUUAUAUAAAUAUACAAAACACUCGCUAAAUGUACCGAAAAAGAGAGGAUCUCGUUAGCAUCUCUACACGAAUGAAAAUUUGGAAGAAAAGAGAUGAAUCAUUUAUUUUUAUCUCCACCCUCUCUGAGGAUGUGUACUCUCGUCUCCUUUUUAACGGCCUAUUUGAGUGCACAACGGUGUUAAACAAAGCGCAAGAGAGAAAUCUUUAAGAAAGCUUAGUACGAGUUGAUGUGUACGUGUCGCUGUUGAAAAUUAUAUAUUAUAUUAAUACGUAUAUUAUAUAUAUUACGCAAGUUGUUGUUUUUGCUGUUGUAUCUCAUCCAAAAUAAAAGAGUGCUGGUGCCACCGUCUUGGUUGGAGUAUAUUCAGUGUUAUGUUACGUAAUUCAAAAUUAUUGCCACGCCACUGACGUGAGGAAGAAAAUUCGAUAUUUAUCACAAUCAUUACGAGAAAUGGAAAAAACAAAUUACGAUGAAUGUUAAAACACGUAAAACACUGUAGAGGAUAGGCUUAUUUAGACAAAUAAAAAACUGAUUCUAUAAGUAUAAUAAUAAGGCGAAUGAAGGGCAUUCAACUUCACUUUGAUGACUUAGAAUCUAGGGUGGAAAAUGGAAAGAUAUAUAGCCAGAAAUCGUUGUGAGAGUGAAUUGUUGAAUUCUAAAAUGUGAAUCAAAUAAAUCAAAAUUUGGCUGAUUAAAA